GACUCGGACCCCGCUGCGACCACGUUGGAGGCGGAGCCUGAGACCGUCUGGUUCCGCUGCUCUGCGGUCGCGGUCGCCCGUAGGAUCGUCUGAUAUGAGGAGAAAUGUGAGAGCAAACACUCCGAUGAGGAAGUGAAAUGAUAACAUAACGGCGCCUCGACUAAAGCAUUUGCCUAUUUCUUCGCUCUCUGGAUUGCAAUGCCGCCGCUGCGAGUCUUCACCCUGCCGAGGCAACAGUCCCUGCUGCUGCCUGCGGUCAUCAACCCGUUCGUGCAAGACACCAAACUCUCCAAAGCAGCUAUCAUUAAAUGUGUCCUCCUGGGGAUCUUCCUGGUCCCUAUUCGCGCUGUCCUUGUGUCCCUGGUUCUGAUGGUGACAUGGCCAGUGGCUUUCUUAAUAACCUUCAACCAUCCUGUGAAAGGAGCCGAACCAAUGACAGGAUGGAGACGGAUCAUGUGUCGGCGAGUGAUGGCCGCCCUGGGGAGGGCAUACUACUUCUGCAUGGGCUUCAGAGUGGUGAUCAAGGGCAGGCAGGUGGACAGCAGUGAGGCCCCCAUCCUGGCUGUAGCCCCCCACUCCACCUUUUUCGAUGGGAUAGUGUGCAUCGUUGCAGGCCUGCCCUCCACCGUCUCACGAGUGGAGAACCUGGCUACACCCAUCUUUGGCAGGUUCGUGCGCUGUCUUCAGCCGGUGCUUGUGUCCAGGAAGGACCCCGACUCCAGGAAGAAUACAAUCCAGGAAAUCGAGAGCAGAGCCAAGUCAUUGGGACACUGGCCACAGGUUCUGAUAUUUCCAGAGGGAACCUGUACAAAUCGCUCCUGUCUCAUCACUUUCAAACAAGGUGCCUUUAUCCCAGGGGUCCCUGUGCAGCCUGUGGUUAUGAGAUAUCCCAACAAACUGGACACAGUGUCUUGGACUUGGCAGGGUUUCAGCUCGAAAACGCUGCUGCUGCUAACUCUGAGCCAGCUGUACACCACAGUAGAGAUAGAGUUCCUGCCGACACAUAUCCCCACAGAGGAGGAAAAGAAAUGCCCUCCUCUGUUUGCUAGCAGAGUGCGAGACAAAAUGGCCCAGGCUCUGGGAGUUCCAGUGACCGACCACACGUAUGAAGACUGCCGCCUGAUGAUCUCAGCCGGUGAGCUAACGCUGCCCAUGGAGGCCGGCCUGGUUGAGUUCACCAAAAUUAGCCGUAAACUCAACCUGAAGUGGGACAUCGUGAAGAAGGAGCUGGAGGGCUUUGCGUCCAUGGCCACUUCUUGUAAAGGAGGACGGAUAAACAUCGAGGAGUUUGCCUCCUUCCUGAAGCUACCUGUCAACCCGGCCCUCGAGGAGCUGUUCGCACUGUUUGACAGGAACGGAGAUGGCACCAUAGACUUCAGAGAGUACGUUAUCGGCGUGACCAUCUUGUGUCGACCGGCCAACACCGAAGAUGUGCUUCGCAUGGCUUUUAAGCUGUUCGAUACGGACGAGGAUGAGAGAAUCACCCGGGAGGAGUUCACUGCUCUGCUGCGCUCAGCUCUGGGUGUGUCCAACAUAAACAUGGCCAAACUCUUCAAGGAGAUUGAUGCUGACGGCUCCGGUUUCAUCACCUUCAAUGAAUUUCAAAGCUUUGCCAUGAGCCACCCGGAGUACGCCAAGCUCUUCACCACUUACCUGGAGCUUCAGAGAUAUCAAGCAAUCCAGGAGGCGAAUCCAGGCGAACUGGAGUUGUCCGGUCAGAUUUCAGAUAUACAGGAAGAGAGCACCUCUGACAAAAAAGAUGACUGAGACUCUCCUUGACUGCACUGAGAGACAAAACACUGUAUCCACUGCACUGAGAAAAAAAACAAGCAAAAUCUGCCCUCUGACUUUUAUCACACUCAUGUCAUCCGCCACAGCAGAGCCAUAUUAUAUAAUAGGUCAUGUGCUUGCCUUUUUAUAGAUGGUUUAGAGUGCUUCUAUUUUCAAUUUUAGUGCCUUAUAGAGAUUUCAAAGAAUCACUUCCCCAAGUCACUGCACAAAAAUGUCGUAUUGCAGAUGUAUCAUCCUUAAAGUGUUAUGUGUGGUUAUCUGUAUAUCAGGAAAGAAACAAAUGAAAAUCUAGUUCUAGGAUAAUUUAAAAAAAAGUCCAUGUUGGCACGGAUCAGUGUUCUAACUUUUUAAACCCUGCAAUCCUCUAACGUUAUUGAAAGUGUUUUAUGAUAUAUUUAACUGUCUCACCCUGUUUUUGACUUAGAUACACCUUUCUUUGUAGCCUGGGCUUACCGUUACUUGGACAUAGAUGAAUAUAGUGUUGUGUACCUUCUCCUUUGUCUUUGUGAUCCUCUGUAUAAGAGUAAAAAAUAUUGCCAAACCAACACCUUUUUAAAUAUAAGCAAAGAGUCCUUGUUCCUCUGUGUUGCAGUAUAAUUAGUGUACAGUAAGCUUUAUUAAGAUCUUUGCAAUCUGGCAACCUGCAGAUGUUCCGUAUUAAAACUAUGUCUAGGAAGAGCAUACAUGCUGUGCAUUACACUUUUUUCCAGUGCUCAGGGACACAGACCUUGUUUAAUUAGCCAGAGGUUUGCUUUGCAUGUGUAUCUAUUUGCAUUUCUACUGAAGACUGUAGUUGCUGAGACAGCAGCACGUCUACGCAGCUUUAAGUGAACUAAAGCCAAGCAACCACUGAAAAUAGGGCAAUUUGUGAGCAAAAAGGAAACAGUGCUUCUCCACAACAGCAUAUCCCAGCGGGGUGUGCUUUCAGAUUAACUAGCGGCACUGUUAUUUAUUUAGCAAGGUGCGUUGCAAUUAUGUGAUUUCUUUUUUGUUAACACAGCAAAGUUUGCUUUUUAAAUAAAACAAGAAUGCAAUUUUAAUAUUGCCUCGGUUUUUAUGUUUACAACACAGGGAACUUGUAAUGACUUCUGUAGGCUUUGCUUAUAAUGAGGCUGUUUACAAUUAAGGGGCUACAUCUGUACCUUUAGUUCUCUAAACCACCACCAGGUGCCAGUAGUGACCUGCAACAAUUAAUAUGUUGUUGUUCUGCUUGUGAGCGCCUCUUUGAGUUUUAACCCUUUGUCAUUUUGGCCUGUUCUUUAAAUUAAUGGUAGAGCUAAACAAUAAAGGAAGUUGGGUUUGUAAUGCACCAUGUAUUAGUAAGGGUUAAAUAUUCUGCAAGUGUGCGUGGAAAUGUUACAUUAAUCAUGAAAAACAAUUACUUACUGAAAAGAAAAAAUUCAUCUUGAAUUUUUUUUUCAGUAAGUUCAUAUUUCAAGAAAUAUAUUUUAAAAUGGGGUUUAAUUCAAAUAAACCUCAGCAAUAUCUUUACAAAAGUCAUUUGCUCUGACUGUUGUGCUAUAUUUUCUACUGUUUCACCAUUGCAUUUGUUCAUUUGACCUUUCUGGGCUCCUUUCUGUUUUCAUCACAGCUGAGGAAAUAGACUGAUUCUUGAAAUGGUGCAGUAUGUGUGUGAAAAUGUUUUAUCUUUAAAGAAACAUCUAAUGGCUAUAAUGAAUGAUAUUUGAAAAACAAUGUACUGUGAUGUGUUGUUUAAGAUUAUGCAAGUUUAACUUUGUUUUCAUAUACUAAAAGGCAUGUCAUCACAAAUCACAUGUAAAUAAGUGUACAAAGAAUAAACAUUUUCAUCUGA